CGCAGCCGCUCCAUUUAACUGUUUUAAAAGCCCUGUGUUUCCUCCGCCUGUUAUCAUUCUCUACUGUGGAAUAAGUGAAAGCAACACGUCUGAUCGACUUUCUUCCUCUCUUUUAAGAUAACACUAAGCAUCAUGGGAUCCAGUGAGAGCAAGAUGGUGGUUUGUGCACCAAUAAAACCAGAACCAGCGAUCAAAAACAGCCGAGUCACUGAUCUGAUGGACCCACGCUCUCCAACAGCCCUCGAUCGUACCCCCAUCCAGGUUGCUGUGUCCAAAACCGAGUGUCCACUGGCGUUCACAGACCCCCGCUCACCGUCUAUCGAGAUCAGCCGCACCCCCGCCAGAGAAGUCAUGAGCGCCACAGGGUCCUUCGCCCGCCGCCUGGGCUUGCUUUUGCACGACGAGUCCGAGGGCAAAGUCCCUGAAGCGCCUCCCAAAUGCUUCAAUUAUGCCGUGGAGGAGGAGAGUUUUAAGGGUGAAGAGGAGCUGGCGUCCACCGUGCCCCUCCUGUCACACCAGCCCUCACACACCUACGACUCUCUGGCUGAACACGCUAACCUCCUGGUGACCCCCCUCCAGAGUGAGGGUGACCUGAGCCCCUUUGUGCUCCUGCAGAACCCCCAGGAGGGCGUGGAGCUGGAAACAGAGACGGACCUUAGCCUGGAGGAGGCAGAGGAAGCCAGAGAGACUCCGCUUCACAAGAGGCUGAGCAUGAGCCUGAUCACCUACCAUGAGGGGGAAACAGCCGCCCAGAUCUUCGCUGACGUGCACUGUGACGGGGCUUCAUCUCCAAGGAUGAGUGUGGACGUGGAGAGCCUCGAGGACAACGUUGAUCAUACCUACGACCUUCCUACAAUCACUGUUGAACCAGAGACCCCCGUCGAGCCCUCAUUCGCCGCUGAUUCAGAGGCUUCUGCAGCACAGGAGACAGAGGAGACAGAAGCCAAAGCUCAGGAGACAGAAGCCAAAGCUCAGGAGACAGAGGAGACAGAAGCCAAAGCUCAGGAGACAGAGGAGACAGAAGCCAAAGCUCAGGAGACAGAGGAGACAGAAACCAAAGCUCAGGAGACAGAGGAGACAGAAACCAAAGCUCAGGAGACAGAGGAGACAGAAACCAAAGCUCAGGAGACAGAGGAGACAGAAACCAAAGCUGAGGAGACAGAAACCAAAGCUCCUGUGGAAGAAUCGUCAUCUUCCCCUCCUGCACCAGAGCCCCCGAGCGUCACCAGAUCAGGCAUCCGCUGCCCCAGCUUCGACGCCAAGAGCCCCAGUCAGGUGGUGUUCAAGCCCCAGUGGUUGGGAAAAGGAUUCGGGGCAACCGGGAUAAGAGCUCGGAGAGUUCACAGCGGGAAGGGGGGCUCCUCUCCUCUCGCUGUGCGGGUCGCCGUGAAGAACGCUAACAGCGAGAACAAGAGGCUGCCCGGGAAACUGACGCAGAAAGGUACUGAAGGCCGCUCCCCGCUGCAGAUCCUCAAGGGAGCAAACUCUCCAAGUGAACAACGAUCUCAGAUGAAGCUGAAGGUGUCCACUCCUGAUAAGCCCCGGCUGGGAGCGCUGGACCGCGGAGCGCUGGCCGUGUCUCUGGAUAAGGAGAACCGAUGAUUCACUGCGAGACGUGGACAGAAUCCUCUUUUUAAAACAAGCUUUUUUUUAUGUGCACAGCUUUCUUAAACUUUCCCCUUGUGUAUAUUACUUUUUACUACGGCAGCUUUGUUUCCGGUUUGUCCUCUUGUAAAUAAAAAUACAAUUAUUUCUCUUCUUACCGAAGUUUUAAAUCUUUGUAUUUUUCGUCAACAAUUUUACAUGUUUUCAUGUUUAUCUAAACAUUCAAUAAACUUCCUCGUAAAAAUGACCCAA